AUCUCGUGAUGCCGGACACCGAACCAAAUGGAACACAUCUACAAAAGCUGGACCCCAGAUGGUUGCAUAAUGCCUCUGGCCAAUUUAGCAUCAAAGACUGUAGCAUGCAUUUGGUUGCCUAGCCACUAGCCCACUAGUCCACUACCUUUGCCUCUACAGUGGUCCAGCAAAAUGUUAUCUGAAUCUGGCUGCCUCCCUUCACAGCCACCAUUGCAUUGCACACCCCUUGUCCCCUGUCAACUGCGAGCAAGUCUCAUAUCUCUAUGCCUAUAUAUUCAGGGCCCAAGACACCAUCACUUCAUUAACAAACUGCGGACCAAAGCAUUUCUGAGGCAAAUACCUGAGAACCAAGAACACCUAGCCAUGACCAUGAUCCACCCCAAGAGGCUUGCUCAGUUGGUGAGGAAGCGGCAAAGGGUCAAGGCAGCAUCCAGAGAUGACGAAGCAUGCUGCACGUCAUCGCCGGUAACAGAUAAAGGUCACUGUGCCAUGUACACGGCCGAUGGGAGGCGGUUUGAGGUCCCGUUGGCGUAUCUCGGCACGACGGUCUUCGGCGAGCUGCUAAGGAUGUCCCAGGAAGAGUUUGGAUUCACAUGCAACGGCAGGAUCACACUGCCCUUCGAUGCAGUGGUGAUGGACUAUGUUAUGUGUUUGCUUAGAAGAAAUGCAUCGGAAGAUGUAGAGAGGGCGUUCCUGAGCUCUAUAGUGAUGCCUUGCCAAUAUCCAAGCCGUACAGUGCCACAUGUAGCGCUGCACCAGCAGCUUGCAGUUUGUAGCUCAUGAAUAUAUGCAGAUUUUUUGUCCUCAUUGUUCUCGAUUUUGCAUCCCUUAUGCAAUGUAAUCAAAGAUUUGAUUCUAUU